AUCAAAGUAAUCAACAGUGUAUAUUCCUUUGCAGUGAGGAAUUACUGUAGUUUCAAGACAGUUUGGAUUAGGUGUUGACCCAACUAAUUUUUACCGAAUACAGUUGUUUCUUUUCCUUUAUCAAUAUCAUUUAUUUUCAGAGCAGAGCUUGUUCAUUAGUUAUUCAUCCAUAUCAUCAAAAUGGUAUCUGAAGACAGAAACACAGUCUUAGAAGACUAUGCUCAAAGUUUGUUGGAGCUUACAUUUCCAGCACGGCCCAUCAUUGACAACCUUACGGUGAUUGCUGGUGAAAAUACCGAAUUUGCAGAUGGAAUCAUUAAUGUUAUAAAGAUGAGAAUUACUAAAAAUAUCCCAGAUCAUAAACUUCCACCACUUUAUCUUUUAGAUUCUAUCUGUAAAACUGUUGGGAACCCAUACAAUAUCUUGGUUGGUGAUGAAAUAUUUGACAUUUUCUCUAAUGUAUAUCUUUUGGUUAAUGACAAAAUUAGACAAAAACUUAUUAACAUGUUUGAAACUUGGAAAUUAACUAAAUCAAGGGGUACAAGUCUACCACUUUUCCCCAAGGUACAACUUGAUAAGAUUGAGAAAUUUUUAUUCCAAGCAAAGGCUAGAUCAAGUGGUAAUACCUCAUUGCCUUCAAAACCUUCGAUAGUAGAUCAUUCUAAUACAUCUUCUUCCGUUCCUAAAUCUUCUCCUGUGCCUUCCACAUUGACCAAUGGCCAGUUGAUUCGUGAUAUCGAUGCACUUGUUCCGAUAUUCCAGAGUAGAGCGUCAACAAAUCCAGAUAAAUUGAAUGCAUUACUUCAAUUGAGAACCUUACUUUCAAGUCAAACAAUGAGAGCUAAGGAAUUACAAGCAAUUCAAAGCAAAUUGCAAAAUAUAAAACAACAAGAAUUGGGAUCUUCUCAAUUACAAUCACAAGGUCAAUCUCAACCGCAACCCCAACCUCAAUCUCAAAAACCUCAAUCACAAUCGCAUAAUAAUUUCCCACAUCCUUCUUCACUUCCAGCGGUGCCAACAACUUCAAAUACCACACCUGUUCCACAACAACAAAAUCGGGCCAAUGAAUUAUUUCAAAUCUUGAUUGCUUCCGGGUUGGUUAGAAUAGAUCAAUCUUUGGUUGCAGGUUCUAAACCUAAAUAUGAAUUGGUUUAUCCCAAAUAUAAAUAUGAAAAGUCCUCGAAUGGUAAUUCAGGGCUUCCUUCAACCUCAACUUUAGAACAGUUGUUAUCAAAUGGUAAUCCAAACUCCAAUGUCCAAAGAACAGAGUAUGAUACGUUAAAACAUGUAGAAUUGUCUAAAUUAGCAGUAGGUAAAGAUGACAUACAGAAAUUCAUAACUUCUAAUACUCCUUCCAAAUUAUCAGUUUCAUUAUUAUAUACCGCUAAGGCAUCUAAAUGUGGAACAUGUGGUAAAAGAUUUUCCAAUGAUACAUUUGGAAUUCAGAAAAGAAGGUUACAUUUGGAUUGGCAUUUCCGUAUCAAUAAGAAACUUGCUAGUUCAGGGUCAGUUGUCCAAUGUCGAAAUUGGUACUUGGAUGACAUUGAGUGGGUAAAGUUUAGAGAUGAGAAUUUAUUGGAAUAUUCAACUAAUGGGAAUACUAAUGGAGAUAAUGAUUCUAAUAAUUCAGGAAAUAAGAAUAAUGGGAACUCAGAUCCAAUUAUUGAGCCAUACGUUGUUAUUCCUGCCAAUGAAACCAAUAUGAUCAAUAAGUGUCAAAUUUGUCAUGAUCAAAUCAAUGCCACCUAUGAUGAUGAUUCAGGAGAAUGGAGAUGGGUUAAUUGUGUUAAGGCGCCAGGUGAAGGGAAAAACAGUCGUAAAAUCUUCCAUGCAACAUGUUUCAAUGAAGCAAAUAAAAAGAGAAGUGCUGAGGAUGAUGGGGGAAAUGCCAAUAAAAGAGAAAGAACUUCUUGAACAAAUUAAAAAUGAAAAUGAAAAUGAAAAUGAAAAAACUAACCUAACUAAUUACAUAGGAUUGUUAAAUAGAAU